AGGCGGGUUCUGUCUGCCGCGCCGCAGUCUCGUCUCUGCAGCUGUUGCUGAGCAUGGCAGGCUCCGGAGCCUGGGUGUCCGACGAGGAGCUCCGCUGUCCGCUGUGCGCGGACUGGCCGAGGGAGCCGGUCACGCUGGCCUGUGGGGACACCUUCUGCUUGGAGUGCAUCGAGGUCAGCUGGGCUCAGGCAGAUCCCAUAGGGGUGUACAGCUGCCCGCGGUGCAGGGCCACCUUCACCCCCCGGCCGGCGCUGCGGGGGGCCGCCCCGACCCCCCCUCCGGAGAGGCUGCCGAGGCCGGAGCUCGUCCCUUUCCCGCCUGCCCGGCGGGACGUGCCCUGCGACUUCUGCACCGGCAGGAAGCGGACAGCCGUGAAGUCCUGCCUGGUGUGCCUGGCGUCCUACUGCGACGCCCACGUCAGGCCCCACUACGACUCGCCCGCCUUCCGCGGGCACAAGCUGGUGGACGGAACCGGCCACCUCGCCCGCAAGGUCUGCCCCCAGCACGAGAAGAGGCUGGAGCUCUUCUGCCGCUCCGAUCGGAUGUGCGUCUGCGCGCUGUGCGCCGUGCGGGAGCACAGGGACCACGACGUCGUCUCCGCGGAGGAAGAGCGAGCCGAGGGACAGAAGGUGUUGGCGAUGACGCAGGCUGAAGUCCAACAGACAAUCCAGGAAAGAGCGAAGGAGCUGGAAGAACUGAGGCACGAAGCAGAGUCUCUCAAAAGCUCUGCGCGACGGGUGAUGGCAGACAGCGGCAAGAUCUUCGCAGAGAUGAUCCGGUCCACGGAGAGACUCUGCAGUGAGGCCAAUAGCCUCAUCGCAGCGAACGAGAAGGCGGCCAUCGUCCAGGUGGAGGGACACGUCCAGCGCCUGGAGGAGGAGAUCAUGGGUCUUCGCAAGAGAGAGGGGGAGCUCAGGCUCGUUCUGGACACAGAGGAUCACAUUCACUUCCUGCAGAAUUACCCUUCCCUGUGUGUCCCUCAUGAAGGAGUUGUGCCCAAGGUGGUUCUAAAUCCAGAAUUCUCCUUGGGGGUCAUAAGCAAAGGUGUCACCGACAUGAAGGAGUAUUUGGAGGACAUCUGCAGAAAGGAAUUGGCCAAGAUCUCCAAAAGAGUGGAUGAGACUCCAGUCUACCUCCAGAUACCAAGAACUGGCGAGAAACUCUUAAAAGCUCCUGGGCAAGGGCCACUUCCUGAUCCCCAGACCAGAACAGACUUCCUCAAGUACUCCUGUCGGCUUUCGUUCGACCCCUGUACGGCGUUCCGGGAGCUCUCUCUGUCCGCCGGGAACAGGAGAGCGAUAAGGAAGAGAGAUCUCCAGGUUUAUCCCGAUCACCCGGAGAGAUUUGACUGCUACUCCCAGGUGCUGUGCCAGGAGGCGCUCUCGGGACACCGGUAUUACUGGGAGGCCGAGGGGAGUGGAGAGUUCACCAUCGGCGUCGCGUACAAAAGCAUCCGGCGAAAGGGCAAGACUCCCCUCUGUCUCCUUGGAUACAAUGAUAAAUCCUGGAGUUUGCUCUGCUCCGAGAUGGGUUACUCUGCCUGGCACAAUCAGGUGGUCAAAGAUAUAGCUGCCCCCCACAGUGCCACUAGAAUAGGGGUGUACGUAGACUAUGCAGGUGGCAGUAUGUCAUUUUAUAACGUCUCCGAAUCGAUGAGGCUCAUACACACGUUCCACGCCACAUUCACUGAGCCGCUGUGUGCAGGGUUCGGCGUGGGCUCCUCAGUUACCAUCUGCCAGCUGAAGUAAAGCACUAAUCAGUUUGUGGCGGUGGAUGUGUGGUGGAAUUUACUGAUGUGCAGAAGCCUUUACACAUUUUCAUGUGUUCAUUUCACUUGGUUGUUUUCCUUUAUGCAGUAAAUUCUAUGGCGCCUACUAAUACU